AUGCCAAUCUUGCUCAAUGCCGAUGCCUCCUUCAGCUCCAAGCAGGAGCUCCUGGACCUGCAGGACUGCCCUCUCAGCGGAGGUCCCUCUCUGGACACCCCCAGCCCUGUGGACUCUCAGACAGGUAGCCCCAUAGGCUCAGGGCCUAGAAGCCCUGGCAGCUCUGGAGCUGAUGGCCCUGUUCGGCCCCAAAUUUUCACCGGGGCUUCAACACUCCCCGGGCAGCUAUAUGGGGUUCAAACAACACCCCAUGCAGAGUCACCGAUGGGGUUAAAGCUGAUCUCCACGGACUCGGAUCAGCUAUGUGGCUGGGGGGCUCUGAAGCCCAAAGCUAUCCAGGUUUUCAACACCCAUCGUUGGGUGCUGUUCUUCCUGUGCGUUGCCUCUUUCCUCCAGGGAAUGAUAAUCAACGGCUUCAUUAACACAGUAGUCACCUCCAUUGAGAGGCGCUUCGACCUGCGCAGCUACCAGGCCGGCCUCAUCGCCAGCUCCUACGACAUCGCCGCCUGCGUCUGCCUGGCCUUUGUCAGCUACUUCGGAGGGACGGGACACAAGCCUCGAUGGUUGGGAUGGGGGGUGCUGAUCAUGGCGGUAGGUUCUCUGGUGUUUGCCUUGCCACACUUCACCACACCCCCCUACCAGGUCAGCGUGCCUGAGCGAAUAGGAAUGUGCUCUACCAACCGUACCAGCCCAUGCCGGGACAAGGAGGGAGGAGGAUUGUCCAGCUACCGUUUUGUUUUCAUGCUGGGACAGUUUCUACAUGGCGUGGGUGCUACGCCUCUCUACACAUUAGGAGUCACAUACCUGGAUGAGAACGUCAAAUCCAACUAUGCGCCUGUUUAUAUUGGGAUCUUUUACACAGCGGCCAUUGUGGGUCCGGCAGCGGGCUACCUGCUGGGAGGCUAUUUCCUCAACAUUUACACUGAGAUCCACCUGACGACAGACGUUACUCCAGAGAACCCUCUGUGGGUCGGGGCUUGGUGGAUCGGCUUCCUGGCAGGAGGAGCAGCAGCUCUGCUGGUAGCAUUCCCGAUCCUGGGCUACCCACGACAGCUACCAGGCUCUCAGGAGUACGUGGCCAUGCGGGUGUCUGAGGCCCACCAGCUUAAAGAUGGCAGCCACACCACAGCCUCAGACCCUCAGUUUGGGAAAUCAGUCAAAGACAUGCCAAGAUCUGUGCUGCUCCUUUUAAAGAAUCCCACCUUUCUGUUUUUGUGCUUGGCUGGGGCUACUGAGGCCACCCUCAUCGCUGGCAUGUCCACGUUUGGUCCAAAGUUCUUGGAGUCACAGUUCAGUCUCAGUGCGUCAGAGGCUGCUACAUGGUUUGGAUACAUGGUGGUACCAGCAGGAGGCGGUGGCACCUUCCUUGGCGGCUAUAUCGUUAAGAGAUUGAACCUGCGCUGUCGAGGCAUCAUCCGCUUCUGCAUGAUGUGUGCAAUUGUCAGCCUAGUCACCAUUUUCAUCUUUCUCAUCCACUGCCCCAAUGUGCCCAUGGCUGGUGUCACAGCACCAUACCAGUCCAGUCCAGCGCACCAACUGGAUCAGUACAAACAUCUGUAUGACAAGCCCAGCAAGCUACGCCUUAGAAACAGCUCUUCUUUAGAGGAGGACCUGACAGUCAGCUGUAAUGCUGGCUGUGGCUGUGUCAGAGAGCUGUACAACCCAGUGUGUGGGGCGGAUGGUGUGAUGUAUUACUCUCCCUGCCACGCUGGCUGCACCUCUAUCAACCACACUGAGCGCUCCACUGGCAAACAGGUGUACUCUGGAUGUAGUUGUGUGGUGGGUAAUGUGUCCUGGGGCGAGGAGGGCUUCGCUCUGACAGGGAAGUGCGGGAGCACAUGCCACCACAUGCCAGCCUUCCUCUCGUUCCUCUUCAUCAUCAUCUCCUUCACCUUUCUCUGUAGCAUCCCAGCACUCACUGCCACUCUCAGGUGUGUGCCAGACAGCCAGAGAUCCUUUGGACUUGGCAUUCAGUGGAUUGUGGUGCGCACACUUGGUGGUAUUCCAGGACCUAUAGCUUUUGGCUCUGUGAUUGACAUCUCCUGCUUACUGUGGCAGGAUCAGUGUGGUGAGCAGGGCUCCUGCUACCUCUAUCAGAAUUCAGCCAUGAGCCGGUACACACUAGUAGCUGGCAUCAUAUAUAAGGUUUUGGGGACAAUCUUUUUCCUGUUAGCCAGCAUCCUGUACCAGCCGCCCCCAGAGUCGCCUCAAAGCAGCUGCGAAAGCACAGACCACGGAGUAGGAGACAUGAGCGACCUACCCGUGAAAGACCUGCCCGAAGACGGCGUCAUCGUCAACCCACACGCCAGGUUAUGA